UUAAAUAGUGCAGAGUAUGAGGCAUUCAAAGGUAUCAAGACUAACAGACCUUGCACCCUACAGAGAAUUUAUCUGGAGUACUUCUACAGGUACUAUAUCUCGAGAAAGAUGGAGGGCUGGAUGUUGAUCACUUGCCUACUAGGUGCAACAUUUGCUAUACCACUGCCUCCCCAUCCACAUCAUCCUGGUUAUGUCAACUUCAGUUAUGAGGUGUUAACACCUUUGAAAUGGUACCAAAGCCUGAUGAGACAACCGUAUUCAUCCUAUGGGUAUGAACCAAUGGGAGGAUGGCUACACCAGCCAAUGUUACCAAUAGCCCAACAGCAUCCACCCAUCCAGACUCUCACACCUCACCACCAGAUCCCGUUCCUGUCACCCCAGCACCCGCUGAUGCAAAUGCCAGGUCCACAACAAAUGAUGCCUAUACCACAGCAACAACCAAGCCUGCAAAUGCCAGUCCAAGAACCAGUCCAACCACAGGCAGGUGAACAUCCAAGCCCACCAGUGCAGCCCCAACAACCUGGGCAUCCAAAUCCACCAAUGCAGCCUCAGCUACCUGGGAGUCCACACCCACCAAUGCAGCCCCAGCAACCUGGGAUUCCAAACCCACCAAUGUACCCAAUGCAGCCAUUGCCACCACUGCUGCCAGAUAUGCCACUAGAACCAUGGCGGCCAAUGGACAAGACCAAGCAAGAGGAAAUAGAUUAAAGAAACCAGGAAAUCAGAAAAAAGCGAAAGUAUUCUAGGCAUUCUCACUUUCUUUCAAGAAUCCAUCAUUCCGCUGGAGUCAGUGGUAUAUCCUUCCAUUAACUCUUCUUAUUAGUGAACGCUAUAGCUAAACAAAAACAAAAACAACUAGCAAAUAAAAAUGUUU